AGGAAACAUUAUGGCGGACGCCUGCAGACAUUUGGGCUUUUCAAAAAUCGUUUUCUAAGUUUAUUUGCGUGUUUUUAUUGAACUUUUUCGCAUAUUAUGGUGCAUUGAGUGUCUAAUUGACUUUUUAUUGUGGUUUUUGACAGUUUCGUGGGAUAAAAUAUUUAUUAAGCAUCAAUUAGAAGUAUGAUUAAAUGACGUCACAAGAGAAGAUAUUACUUGAAAGAGCUUAUUCUUCAAACAAUUUUAGAAACAGUGAAUUCUGUUUUAUAGGAAGAUUAAUUUAUAUUUUAUAAAUUAUAUUAUAAAGAAAAGGAAGCAAUUAAAUAGUAGAUCUACUUACACACUAUUUGUUUAUUGUUGAAAUUGACUUUAUAAACAUUCAAGUUAGCUAUAGAACAAGAGUUAACUACUAUCAACCUAAUGUCGGAAGUACAGGGCAAAUUUUCAUCUAACAUUCCAACAUGAAAACCAAACAGCCCAAGGAAGAGUCAGACAAGAGUAUUGAUGAGGAAACUGUAGUGGAACCAAAGACCCGAGCCAGGAAAAAGGCCUCCGACUUGGAAGAGGAGAAAUCAAAGACAAGUCAAGAUGAACCAAAGGCUCCACAAGAAAUUAAAAAACCAGCAGCCAAACCAAAGGCAGUAGUGAAGAAACGGCCACUUGGUAUCCGCAAAACAAAAAAUUUGAGAGGCAAAAAGGUGGCACUAGCAAAGAAAAAUGUAAUCAAACCGGCAACAGCUAGGGGUAGAAAACAAGCUGCAAAGAAACCAGAUAACUCUCAAGACAAGGAAGCCGUCCCGUUGAUACCUGUGUCUGAAAUUAAAAAGGAGCCUGUUGACGAAGCAACACCUAACUCCAGAUCCUCCAGUCCAAAAACAACUGGUCGAAGAUCUAGAUUGAGUUCUGAUAUGGUCAUGAUGAAGUCUGUCUUAGGUGACUCUCCUAGCAGCCUCAUUCUGGGUCCACGGACAAGCCCUUAUUCAAUGCGUUCUGAAAGAAGUAAUAGCCCUUCCUUGUUCGAAGGCAAAAACUUAAGGAGCGGCAAACCAAGGAAAGUUAAAAACAAUUUACUCAAUGAAGUUGUUAUCAAAGAACAGAAGAAAAGGAGAAGACUAUUAUCAGAUUCUAAACCUGAGACUGCAGAGACUUCUGAAGAAUGUAAAAAGCUAAAGCGGGGCCGCUCCUGCUCAAGAGAUGGCAGUGAGAUAUCAAAAUGCUCAGACAUCACAGAGUCAGAUGUUAGUCUCAAUGAAACGCUUAAUGAAACUGAAAACAAGGAGCUCAACAAACAAAUAGACAAACCUAAGACUGAACUAGAUGUAGAUAUUGAUACUAAUGUACAGAUCUCGACUAUUGGAAAAGUGCCUUCCCUUAAUGUUGACUCCAAAACAGAAAACAAACCCGACUCUGAGCCUAGUUCCUUGACCAAGGACAAGAGAAGAUUGAGCUUAAAAAGAAGUACUUCAUUAGAUUCCGACAACAAUAAUAGUAAUAGGAUUAAGAUAAACAAUUUAAAUUCAUCAGACAUUGAACUCAAAUUGUUUGAGACUGAAAAUGAUACGCUUUUAGAGGAUCGUAGUAGUAUAUUAAAUUGUAUGUCAAAGACAUUUAAUUCAAAGGAAGUUUCGAAGAAUAUAAGGAAGGCGAGACGCGGGAAGAAGGCCGCAGCAGCCCCGAGGUCUACCGCUGGCCAAAAUGCCAAAAAUGGUACUCUAGCAAAUGACUUAGCUGAUGACAAACCUGACACUGUUGAUAGUCUUACUAAGGAAAUUAAUGAUCUCAUUAAUAACUUGGAUCAGAAUAUAGACUGUGAUCAAGAUCAACCUAGUGAACCUAGCACAACAGUAGUGGACCAGAUGCAAUCUAAACCAGUCAGACAGUUCUAUGGAUUAUCAAAACCACUUGGUGACAAUAACAGUAUUGUAACUCCAGAAACACCUGUUAAAGAUAAAGAUGGUAACAUAGCAAUAACUAAUGAGUGCACACCAUCUAAGAAUGAUGACAGUGAAAAUAUAAGACUACACUAUGAAGAGGAUUCUGCUGAAAAAUCUACAGAUAAUAGGCAAGAGAUUACUUAUAAACGCACCACCGUAGCUAGUAUAGACAAAUUAAUGGACAGGCUCAAGGAAUUUGAAGAGUUUGAUAAGAGAAGACAACGCCAAGAGUCUGAAUCCAAAUCAACAGACAGCAAGAGUGUUAUGGUCACUAAUGACGUUGUUUUAAUACCCAAAUCUGGAGCUGAUAUUAAACCAUUAAAAGAUAUGCAACCUGCAAAAUCUCCAGAGAAGGUGUUAGAAAAGGAAAAUGUAUUGAGUUGUUUUGAAAACAAUUCUGCUAUUUCUAUAGUAAAAAGGGAUCAAGUUCGUCGAUCCAUUGAUGUGGAACUUCCCAAUUCGGUGACACUGAUUAAGAGGAAUAGUGUUAGCGCGCGGAAAGAAUCCACAAGCUCAAAUCACUCCAGAGAGUCUGAUGCUAUAAGUAUAUUUGAAAAGUCACUAGGUAAAGAUGUGACAUUGACGGAAAUAAGGAAAUCAGUGGACAAACCAGUUGUGACCACAUCACAGAUUGAUUUACACCAAUUUGCAACCUUACAGCCUAAUAACUUAACACAAACAAUAGGAGGUGUGACAUUAGAUUCUAGUCAGAUAUCUAUAACACCGCGAAGCGUAGAGGCCAAAUUAAACAGUAAUGAUGUACAAAUAACAAAGAGAAGCUCAAGGGAUUCCUUAUCCAGAAAAUCAUCCGGUUCGGAAUUAGAUGAGAAGAUGGCUACUAUCGAAAAAAUCAAGUCACCACAACAUCAAAUUAAAUCGCCUGAAAUCUCUAUAACGCCAACACCAGUAGCAGUGAAAUCACCUGAAGCUACACAGCCUAUGGAAACAGAGGCUCUUGCACCUCCCUUAGAGGAUGUUAAGACUGUUCCUGAAGAAUUAGAUAACGCGGCACAGAGCGUAACUAAACUCGAAUCAGCUGAUAAAACGGAAGUCGAAACACCCGCCCCCGAACCCGCAAAACAAGAAUCUGAAGAAGAAAAUAAACCAAAAACAGCUGUAGUGGAACCUGAGAUAAAACAAGACACAAGUCCUCCAAAGGAAGUCGAAAGUGAAACAAAACCUGAGGUCAUUCCUGAAGCUAAAGUAGAGGAAGUCAAGCCAAAAACGCCUAAGAUCAAAUCGGCGCGUAAUUCGACGGAAGUACAAGCGGGGCCGAGUAACAUGCUAAACGAGACUCCAGAGAGUCAGAAACGUAAAGAAAACGUGCUACGGACGUUGGGUCUUCUAACGCACAAGGCGGCGAAUGAGGCUAAAAUAAAGAAACUACGCGAAAAGGAGUUGAUAUAUGGCGCGAAUUAUAAUAUAAUGGGGAAGGGGAAAGCGUCGAAGUCUGAUUACACUGGCACGCUCAAGACUGUGAUAAAGUUGAAUAGAGGGAAUGGGGAUAAGAAGAAACAUAGGAGUUCGUUGAAGAUGACGUUCCAGAAGAGCAAGAAUCGAGGCAAGCCGCCGAUGGAGGUCGGCGAGGCGGGCGGAGAGGAUGACGCUUACUACACGAUUGAACGGCGAGAGGGCGUCGCCGGCGCAGCAUCGGACGGUUCGCACAGAAAGUCACAUUACAGUAACCGAAGUAACAACCACGAUGGCGAAGCGGUUCCCGAACCAGAACCGAAAGAGACCCUCAACCUCGUCAUCCCGGAGAAGGCGUCUUCGUUCAGCAUCCACCCCGGGAGGCUGUGCAUGGACCAGUGCUUCUACUGCGGCGGCAAGUUCGGUCUCUUUGACACGCCAUGCCACAUCGCGCAGAUGAAGAGCAGCGAGAGGCAGAAGAAAGUGCUGGACAACGAAGAGAAACUAACAAUCGACAGUUGCCUCUGCGACGCGUGCUACCGCCACGUGGACCGGCGCGCGAACUGCCCCUCGUACAGGAAGCGGCCCGUCGGCAAACCGCUCGACCUGCCGCAGCCGUCCUCGCCGCCCAACACAACUGGUCCAGAAAAGCCGCUAAGUCCUCCCCUCGAGGAGGAAAGCGAGGAGGAGCCCUCGGAGACUCCCGGUCGCCUGGCCACGUGCCACACGAGCGGGUGCGCGGCGCCGGCAGACCACUCCAUACGCAGGAAGUGGCUUAUUAAGAUGCGCUCUAGUGUUAAUAAACUGCUAAAACUAGAAGGCGAUUACCCGGGCCUGCACACGAUCCCCCUGUGCGGAGAACACUACCGAGCACUCACGCCGCUCAUGGCGUGCGUGUUGUGUCGGCGCAGGCUCACCAAACAUCAUAAUUUGCACUUUAUACAUCAUGGUUAUACGGACUUGAACCCAUUGCUCAAAGAGGCCGGAAUCCCGGUGGAGUUCACAGAGCGGCCGGUGUUGUGCAAAGUGUGCAGAUAUUACUGCACCUUGCUGCAACGUCCAGGGCAUAAUGAUAACCACGCUAGGGCGUAUAGACGCAAAUUACUCCAAAUAUACAAUGUUGAAAUACCGCCUGAGUUAGAACAAGAAACGGAAGACAACGCCGUGCUAGAAGACUGCAACAACAGCGCAAGCAAACAGAAGAAGAAGACAAAGAUCAAAACUAAACAAAGGAAAUCCACAGAACCAGAAAAGGACAGCGAAUCUUCCGAAAGAACAACAGAAAGUUCCCCUGAAAAAGAGAAAUUAAAGGAGGAAAUAGCUGAACCCUCUCAAAAUACUCAACCGCUAGAAGAAGAUAUCGAGAGUCUCAUUUCGUCGAAUAAAAUACCAGUUCCAGGCGCAAAACCACCGGAAUCAGUGCAAAGUGACUGCUCAGAAUCGGACAUGGCAACCGACGAAACACCGCUCAUACCAGUAGACAAACAGACAGAAUUACGCUACCUACUCCAAAAACAAAACAACCCAGCUCAGUUUCAACAUAAAGCAAACUUGACACAGAAAAGCCGAAAUAUCCUCAAAGUCCAAAAUGUUGGAAUACAGAAAGUCGGACAGCAAAAUAGAAUCAACGAAAAGAACAGCAAAAGAAUACAGAAGUUGGGUCAAAUUGUGGCUCAUAAAGAAAAAACGGCCAAAAAGGAGGGAGAAUUGGAAAUAUUCGAUCCUGACAAAGCGAAGGAAGCUCCUAUCAUCAAAAAUAUCUCGCUCAAUGAUGAAUGCACGAUUGAAACAAUACCAAACAAAAAACCGGCUGAUAUAAACACCCUUAAAAAUAAAUGGCAGUUGUCGGAAAGUUUCAGUCAAGUAAAGAAGAAUUUGAGUGAGCUAUCAAAGAAAUUAGUUGAUAAAGAACCAAAGAAAGGUUCAGAUUCGAAAUACUCAAAUCCGGUGAAGCGAUUGGAGACGAAUCCGUCGAUUUCGGUUCGAGAAUUGUUCCCUGGGGAGGAAGAAAUGAACUUGCAAUGUAAUAUAGAAUUCAAUAACGUUAAAGGCGUUACUCCCGAAGGUUGGGAAAAGUGUAACACUGUGAUACAAUAUGAUGUGGAGACUAAAAAGCUUUGGAACGAACUACAACGGCCGUACGGAAACCAAUCCAGUUUCCUGCGACAUUUGAUCCUUCUAGAAAAGUACUUUAGAAGUGGCGAUUUAGUCCUAUCUCACAAUGCGUCUCCUCAUGCCGCGAAUUACAGUAAUUCGGUACAGAGCAGGUUACGCGCCUACGAUAAUAUAACCGUUGAACCGCCUAAACCAACAAGCCUGAUUGAGUUCAGAAAGAAACCGUCAAUGAAUGGCAAAAGCUUGUUGAAGUCGAGUCAGAACUCAGAGACUAAAAAGUUCAUGCCUCCGCCUGAGUUUGCGAAACCGAAACCCAAAGAAAAGAAAACUAAACAAUUACCUCCGGAGUUAAUAGCUAUCAAUACUCCUAAUGCUCAAGGAAGGAAGGCAAUACAGAAUGUAUUGCAUAAUAUUCAACAGUUGGUCAAGGGUGUGUCGGCCUCGGAUCCCACGGAAGUAGCGGCCGCGCCUCUACCGACGCCUAAGGUAGAUAAGGAAAAGAAAGAUUCUAAGAUAGAUAAAGAUAAAAAAGAUUCGCCCGCGCCGAAAGAGAAAGAUAAGAAGGAAGGGAAAAAAGACACGCCUAAGAAAAACAAGGGGGGUUGGAGACCUACGUUAAUGCCAAUUACUCCGGAGAACCUUGCAAAGAUAGCGCGGGAGCCGCUCAAAACAGCGGUCGACGGUCACAACUUGCCGAGUCUGGUGCAAGUACUUUCAGCCGGCAAUCGCUACCACAUCACCUUCGAAGACUACAACAAAAUGUGCCUCAUCCGCCGCGAGAGACAACAGAGACUUCAAGAGAAAGAAGCCAAAAAUAAACGAUCAUCCACCGAAGAAACUACCGUUGUUACAGAGAUACAAACCUCAGCCAUGCUCGGCAACGGAGGCACGGUCGUACAAAACAUCACCACAGAGAAAGAAUUAGACAAGAAAGAACUUUCCGAACUGCAGAUCGGAUCGAACGCAGCGACGAUACUGAAAAACGUCGGCUUGAAGAACAUUACCAUAGCCCCGAUACCACCGAAAACCUCCACUAUGACGUCACAAACGCUCUCCUUAGUGACCUCCCCCUCAAUACUGUCGACUCCCAUCAGAAUGCCCCAGCUCCUGACGGCCGUAUCGAUCACCAGUGAAACGAUACAAAACAGCCCCAUGAUCACGACGAGUCCGGUUGUGAUGCCGAAGAUUCCUAAAUCGUUAACGGUCAUCCCGCAGACGGUGGUGGCCAACCAAGUGGUUCCCGUUGUGACCACCGCCCCGUCCCAGGUCGAGCCGAGACCAUAGCGAAACCUGUUCUUUUUGGUUGUGUAACAACCAAGCUACGCGGCAAAACCGGUGUGGAUUGUAAAAAGAUAGUAAAGUGUUUGUGCGGUUUUGUUCGCGUGUGACAAAGUGAGAAUGUUUUAAAGUGAGAACCAGAGGAGCCUUAUCUGUAAAUAUUAGUUUAAUAUCGAGCUGUGAAUAUGGUGACGACGGGAUCCGCAAAUGGUAUGAAGUCAUCCAUUAUUUAUUAAUAUUUAAUAUUUAUCAUCUGAUUCAGUUUUGUAAGCUAGCAAAUACAUUCACUGUGAUUAUCGACCUCUUUCUUUUCAUCCCUUUGCUCCUACGAUUAUCGAAAUUUUUAUUUUCAAAAUUCUCUAGUCAGGAUCAAAAAUGCAUUUAUAAUUUAUUGUCGUUGAAUUCAUCAGCUUCAUAACAUUUGCGAGAAUAUAGACAAUUUACUUGUAAUUUAUAUUGUUUCGAAGUUAUUACAAUAUAGUUCUAGGAUACAAUAAAAAAUGUUAAACACCUUGACUGUUCUUUUUUUUUUAUUCUAAAAGUAUGUAUUCUAUAAAAGGACGAAGGAACAUUCAACCUACUAUUUAUUUUAAACCCUAUAUAUUGGUACAACUUGAGACAAAAUAUGGAAUAGAUUUUCAUAAUGUAUAUAAACACAAUGUUUAACAGAUAUAUCUUGUAUAGAAAUAAAAUUAUUAAAACUGUUUCUGUGUUAAAAAUGUAAAAAAUAUGAGAACCAGACUCUGUUUGAAGUUAAAAGAAUGGAACACAAAUGUAAUAACUUCAAACAAAAAUUAAUUUGUAUAGCGUGUAAUUAUGAAUAUAUCACUGAAGCAUAUUUUUCCAUUUGUUAUCAUAAUAAUUAAUGUUUCAUAGAAACUAAUACAUGUAUCGAUAGUAUAGUACAUAGCGCACUAAUCAACCAAAUACCAUAGAAUAUUCAUUGAGAAUAAACAAUAUUUUAUUACAAUCUACAAAUCACUGACCAAUAUAGUAAGUUCUCAAGUGACGACGUGCGAGUCGCAAUGUAAAUACGCGUAUUUUAGGCUCAUGGUUGAUUGUAAGUGGAUUAUGUUAUAUAUUGUUGAAUGAAUAAAUAUAGUAUAUUAUUUUGGUUCAAUUUUGUAGAUUAUGAUCCAAUGUUACAUUUAGAAGUUACAUGUGUUGGGGUGUUGCUGAUUCAAGUUGGUAUCUAUUGUGCAUAUCAAUUUUAAUAGCAAUAAAAAGAUUUGUAUGCAAAUGCUAUUUAUUUCGUAAAGAUCUCAAAUAUGGCCUAGACAGAAUAAUGCCUCAUGUAGGUCAUGUAACUCCAUGUAUUUUUUUAACACUAAAUUGUUUAUGAUUUCUUUUGCAUACAUAUAAUAUGUAGUUAUCUUUUGGUAUCAUAGUGUGUUUUUCUUUUUACUGUAAAAGGAAACAGUUAAAUUUUGAUUUUAAUAUUCUCUACGUUUAAUGAUCCUCUGCCUAAAAUUGUAAUUUAUUGAUUGUGUACUUGUUAAUUUCGAUGUAGGUUGUUACAUCCAAUCACAGUAGCAGUAAAUUUAUUUAUUUUAAUUUGGUUACAGUUUACAUUAUUUUUAUAUAUUGUAAUUAGUAAUAAGCUUUAAAUGUGAUGGAUUAAUUGUAUGAAUGCAUACAUAAUGACUUCAUGUAACUCCUAUGUAAUAUUAUAUGAAGUUGUUACAUUAAAAUUUGUAUUACAUUUCGUUAGAUUGUACGAUAAUGAUAAAAAAUAAAGCAAACACCCUAACACGUAGAGAAAUUGUUAUUUAACUGUAUUUUAGUAUUUGGAAGUUUGAUGGAAUGUUGUUUAUCUGUGCUCACAAGAACAAAAUGGCUGCCACCGCCCGAAUGUUUAGUUUCUUCCAAAGAUAGCGUUUUAGUUUACAGUAAUAUUAUGAUUUAGUUUUUAUUUUACAGCGCACUCUGUGUUAUGUGCCUGAGGUAUGAAUUUGUCUAAUAAACAUAUCCUUAUCUCAUGA